AUAAAACAAUAUCCGGUGAGUGAAAUUCAUUUUUCCUACAAUGCUCGCUGAAGUGGCCAUAGCCAUAGAAGUUGCAGCGCCUUUCACUUGUUAUUAGAUAUAUCAGCUCUCAGCGAGCAGUGAGCAUACACAGACAGGAAUUUUUACAUACGACUUGCAAUUAUCUGUUUUUUUUUUUCUCGGCUGUGUGGAUUGGCGGCGGCGUUUAUAGAUACCUUUCUGUUUUAUAAAUAUGGUGAUGGAGAAAGCAGAAACGAGGGUUACAUCGGGUAGGCUGCGAUGGGGAGAGUUAGAAGAGGAGGACAAUGAAGACCUCGACUUUCUUCUGCCGCCGCCCACCGUCAUUGGGCCGGACGAGAAUGGUGUGAAGAAGACGAUCGAGUACAGGUUCAACGAUCAGGGGCAGAAGGUGGUGCGCACUACCACCACGCGCAUCCGCAAGGUGGCCAAAACACGCCUCAACAAGCGCGCUCUCGAGCGCCGCGAGUGGCGCAAGUUUGGCGGUGCCACCAGUGAGGAUGCCUCCAACCGUCUCACGGUCGUCUCCACGGAGGAGAUCUUGCUGGAACGGCCCCGCCCGCCGGGCUCCAAGGCGGAGGACGUGAAAUCGGGUGCUGACGCUCUCUCUGCUCUUGCUGGCACCAAGGGGGGCGCCGUGCUCAUGGUGUGCCGUAUCUGCGGCAAGAAGGGCGAUCACUGGACUUCAAAGUGCCCUUACAAGGACCUUGCCCCCGCUGGUACUACUGACACUCUCACUAUGGAUAAGAUGGAUGGCGCCGCUGCUGCUUCCAGCGGCGCACCAGCCGCUGCUGCUUCGGCGGCGGGGCGGUCCACCUACGUGCCUCCUAGCCUGAGGGGUGGCGUCGAUCGCUCCGGCGAUACCAUGCGGCGGAGAAACGAUGAGAAUUCUGUUAGGGUUACGAAUCUUUCCGAGGACACAAGGGAUGCGGACCUGCACGAACUCUUCAAGCCGUUUGGUCACAUCACGCGUGUGUAUGUGGCAAUGGACCAGAAGACAGGAGUUAGCAGGGGCUUUGGUUUUGUUAAUUUUGUCAACAGGGAGGACGCUCAGAGGGCUAUCAACAAGCUCAAUGGUUACGGUUAUGACAAUCUCAUUCUCAGAGUUGAGUGGGCCACCCCUAGACAGACAUGAGAUCAGGUGUCUUCAGGAACCCAGGACUACUUUUUCCAUGCACUCCUGGGAAGAGGAGAGUGAUGGAAGCAACGGCUGAAAAUCCGGGAUGCAUCCCUGACGAAUGAGCAAAUGUGGGAUCUCAAUGAUUUAUCUUUUGACAUAGGAAGUAGAAUGGGUAACUAUUUUCUUCAUAGAUUUAGAGCUGGAAAUAAGUAGUAAUUUGGUCAUUAUGUUGUCCUUUAAUGUUUGCUAACUGUGUUGAGGGAGAAUUGUAGCUUAGGUUUAUCGCGUUUUGAGUUAAAGGAUCACGAGACAUUUGUUUUCUUCUGUUUCAAACUCUGCCUAUGUUUGAUUUGAUUUUCUCAAUUUUGAAUAAAUACAAAGUAUAUUUAUUAAUGUAGGAA